AUGGAAUCAAGGGUCGAGCUUCUAAAGCCAAUAUGGCACGCUUUCACGGCUUUGGAUGUGGACAAAAGUGGGAAAGUAUCCAAAUCGCAACUGAAGGUGCUGUCCCACAACCUGUGCACCGUGAUGGGGGUCCCUCACGACCCAGUGGCGCUGGAAGAGCAUUUCAAAGACAACGAUGAGGGGCCCGUGUCCACGCAGGGUUACAUGCCCUACCUGAACCGGUUCAUACUGGACAAGGUCCAGGAUGACUUUAACCGUGGGGACGUCAACAAGAUGUGCUGGACCCUGUGCUCCCGCAAGAACCUCAACACGAACAACCUGCUUAUCAGAGAUAACGACUCUUUCAAGCUCUGGUGCAUUUUCAACUUCCUGUCUGAGGACAAGUACCCACUGUUCAUUGUCAUCGAGGAGAUCGAGUACUUCCUGCGGAAGCUGACGGACGCCAUGGGCAGCACCUGGGUGGAGGAGAGGUUUGAGAACUACAAGGCGAACCUGAGCGCCAGGCAGUAUCGCCUGAACGCCUGGGAGUUCAUUGAGCUCAUCGGCAUGGGCCACUUCAGCAAGGGAAUGCACCCGCAGACAGUCUCCAUGGGCAUCAAUGAGGUCUUCCUGGAGCUCAUCCUGGAUGUGUUCAAACAGGGCUACAUGAUCAAAAAGGGUCACAAGAGGAAAAACUGGACAGAGCGGUGGUUCGUGCUGCGGCUGCACUCCAUGUCUUACUACGUGAGCGAGGACAUGACGGAGAAGAAGGGGGACAUUUUACUGGACCGACACUGCUGUGUGGAGUCUUUGCCGGACAAGGAGGGAAAAAAAUGCCUCUUCAUCGUCAAAUGUGCCGACAAGAGCUUUGAGAUCAGUGCACCUGACAAAAAGAAGAAGCAGGAGUGGAUUCAAGCCAUCCAGAGCUCCGUGAACCUGCUGCGCCUGGGGCUGCCCCCCCCGCACCGUGAGGCCCGACAGAGGCGCCGGGAGCUGCGGCAGAGGUUGCAGGCCGAGCAGGACCAGCUGGAGGAGAGGAUGAGGGAGCUGCAGGUCGCCAACGAGCGCAAGCAAAGGCAGCUGGAGGCCAUGAGGAAGAAACUGCAGGACGCGGCAGCCAACGCAGCCGAGGAGGAGUACAGGAGAAUGCAGACCCAGAGGGAGCUGCAGGAGCGCUACAGAAUGGACCUGGAGAGGGAGAAAAUGGUGCGUCAGCAGAUGGAGGCUCAGGUGGCCCAGAAGUCGAGCGAGCUGGAGCAGUACCUGCAGCGCGUGCGGGAGCUGGAGGACAUGUACCACCGCCUAGAGGAGGCGCUAGAGGACGAGAGGCAGGCCCGGCAGGACGAGGAGAGGAUGCGAAGGCUUCAGGCCAGGCUGCUGGAGGAGGAGGCGGCCAAGCGGGCGGAGCUGGAGCACAUGCACCUGCAGCAGCAGAGGGCGCUAUCCCAGACGGAGGCCGAGAAGCAGGAGCUGGAGAGCGAGCGGCUGGCUAAGGAGAGGGCCCUGCAGGCGGCCAUGUUCCAGCUGGAGCAGCUGGAAUGCGAGAGGAAGGGGGCGCUGGAGCAGUAUGAGGAGGCGAUGAAGAAACUGGAGAAGGCGGCCAGUAAAACCAGGAACUGGAAGGACAAGGUUGCCCACCACGAGGGACUGAUCCGUCUCAUUCAGCCAGGGGCAAAGGGGCCACAGAAGAUCACUAACUGGGGGCCUGCAGCCUUCACUGAAGGAGAGCUGGACCUGAGGGAGAAGGAGUGGCAACAGAAGAAGAACAGACACGACCCUGCCCAAUAGGGGACCAUUCCUGCAUGACGCAUAAUGCUCUCUCUCAACGUUGCUGUGGCGUUGUUGCAAUGUUGUUACGUCGCCUCGACAUAGCAGAGAGGUUAUGUGUUAAAUGUAACAUUCCCAGUUAUGCACCAGCCACAAAUACAGAGCUGUGGAAAAUUCAGCAUCUCACUUACAGCUAGUAGUGUAGCAGAGAGGUUAGGUAGUGUACCAUGAAGGUCAUAAG